AUGGGCCGGCUGGCCUUAUUAUCCCUCGUCGUUGUUGUUACUCGUUAUACCGAUGCGGUAAAAUUCACCGAAAACGAUGAGGAAAUUACAGUACCAAGCCGGUUGAAGUAUCGACAAGAAACACUUCAUUCACACGUGAGGGAGUGGAUUGACGGUCCCGAUGGUCGCGUCUAUCAGUUCCAUGCUGGUGAACAAAGUUGGUUGCAUGCCAGAGAAUUUUGCUUGUCUCAAAACUCAGACCUAGUCAUUAUAAGGGAUAAGGAGCAGCUGGAUUGGCUUUUGAGCCACUAUGCGCCUACUUAUACUCGAUUCAAUGAGCGAUACAUGCAGAUCGGUCUGCUUAUGCCAGAUGGUCCAAACCGCGACUGGGUAUAUCUGGAUGGUUCACCAUACAAUCAGUCUGUUGUACCCUGGAUGUCUGGAGAGCCAUUCGACCAUUCAUUAGAUGGUCGUGAACGUUGCGGAAUUCUUCGAGUCCAUGCUCGACUUCUUGACGACAUCGACUGCGAAGCAGCACCGAGCCCAAAUGUUCGAAUGCGAUUUAUUUGUGAACGAGAACAAAAUGUGCAUAAAGAGCAACAAAAAUCACAGAACUUUAUCUGGUCAAAAUUGGAAAAGUUACUAGAAUUUUUUGGAUUCACAAACGGGACCACACCGAGCACAAAACCGCAAAACUCGACAGAAUCUAGCGAGGACUAUGAGGACGAGGUGAAAAGGCUCAAUAUCUCUUCGAGUGAAGCAGAAAAGCUGAAGAAUAUAGAAGUAGAUAGGGAAACAUCUAGCGAAGAACAAAAAGCAGUGGAAGCUGCUUUGAGUGUACUCAACAAAGUUAGCAAGCCAGGAGAAAAAGCUGACUCAAUGCCAGAAGAAGAGGAAGAAGAGACAUCACGACCAGGUUCGCAAGAGGAUCGACCCCCCUCGAGCACUGAAUUACUCUCUGGACCCAAGAUAUCAACUCAAGCCAAGAUUUUCAUUGAAGCAACUCCCAUAACCGAAGCUACCAAUACAGCAACUCCUGAAGCAGGAAACACUACCGAAGCCGUUACCGAAGGUGUCACAGUAAACCCAGAAGACACUACACCAAGCACCGAUACUAGUUCUGUAGCUGCACAGGAAACUACCGUAACCGCAGAGGAGACUAAUACGACUGAGGAUGAAGCUACCGUAACUGCAAAUGAGGCAACUGUAACCGCGGACGAGACUAACGCAAAAGCAGAGGAGGCUACCAAAACCGCAAAGGAAGCUACCGUAACCACAGAAGCUAGCACCGUAACCAAUGAAGCCACAAGCGUAGAGACUUCAUCAGCUGAUACCACAGCAGACGUCACGACAGUCGCGACCUCAGGUGAAGUAGCCAGGGUCCAUGCCGCUCCAUUGAAGGAAAUCUCUGAAAUUGAAGGUAGUGGUACUGGCGUGGAACGCGCAGAAAUUGAACAACAUGAUGAGUCAGCCAAUGUUACCGAGAUUGAUCCAGAAAAGUUGGAAAAAAAGAUUCGAGAAGAUAUUGAGACAGUGACUGCUAUGGAAACCGAUUUUGACGAAGAUGCAAAUAGAAACUUGCCGAGCACUGACAUCAAACCACCGGAGGAAGAAUGCGAUGAAGAAGCUAGCGGCGAAAAUUCCACAACUCCUAUCCCGAAUGAAGAAAUAAUAAGAAAUUCUAUCGACACGGAGGAUGUAGACGAUCUCAGUCAAAAGCCAAAGAUACCAGCUGAAAAAGAGGCGCAUAUCCAGGACUUCUUGAUUACCUUGAGGACAUUUCUUAGCAGAGCGGAGCAUAGCGAUUUGAGAAAACUUCUCGAUCAACAUCCAGAAAAGACAUUGCUCGAAAAAAUGAAGCUGGCUAUCAAAGCAGCCAAUGAACGUGAAUUCGAGCGAAUGAAGGAGCUUGCAUUGAUGAAGAAGCAUGGUGUGGACAUUUCACAUGUCCCAGAGCCGAAACUUAUGGGUGAAAGUGAACGCGAAGAGCUGUACAAAAAGAUCAGCAGGGUGGUAAUGGUUGAAGCCGAGAAGAAAGACGAUGAAACGAUUACUCAGCCAUCGGCUGUUCGUACAACAACGCAAGAAUCGCAUCGUGAGAAGAAAAGUCAGGCCAAGGGAGUUGUCAUAAAAAAGGCCUCAGACGACUCAGCGGCAGACAAAGAGACCCUAAAGGGUAAAAAGAAUAAGAAUGGAAAAUUGAAGGAUGCCGGCUCUGUUAUCGACGAGGACAACGAAAAAAAGCAACCCAAGAAAAAUAAAGAAGAAAAGCAGAAAGAGAAAAAUAAGAACAAAGAAGAGAAUCCAACACCUGAGGAGAAGAGUGAAGAAGGAAAACCAAAGAAAAAUGAAGAGAAGAAAGCGGAGGAGAAAGCGGAAAAGGAAGCAGAACAAGAGAAGAAAGAAGUGGAAGAGUCAAAAAUUGAUGAGAUGGAGGAGUCAGCAAAGCGGAAGAAAGCGGGAAGAGGAAAGAAUCUCGUUUCCAACGAUGAAGAGAGUGAUGGAGAUCUAACAAAGAAGGAAGAUUCAACCACUAAGGCUAAAAAGGACUCAACGACAGAGGCAACCACAACUGCUGGUAAAAACAAGAAUACUGUAAAGACGGAGUCCGUAACUGCAGAAAGUAAAGGUGAGGUAAAGGAUGUGAGACCCGAAGCCGAAGACGAUGACAACAGCUUCGAUUCUGAGCAUGUGGACAAAUCAAACCUGGACGACAGUUUUGAUUCGGAUCAGGUAGAUAGAGACGAUGAGUUAACCCGACCCACAGGCGAAGAGGUAGAGGAGGAAGUUUCCACAGUCAAGAUUCCCCCACCUAAAGAAGAGGAGGUAGGAACCGAGAAGACUCCAAGCGCACUUCGAAAAGAGAAACGACGUCAGGAAAGAUUGAAGAAGAUGAAAGAGAAUAAGCAGAAAAAAGGCAAACCAGGCAAAGCGACGACAAAAUCUACAUCAGAAGACUCCAAUUAUGACAAAGCAAAUGUUUCAGACGAUGAUGAUGACGAUGAUAGCGACGAGGUCCCAGCUUUCCCAACCUUACCUACUCUCCCUACCUUACCACCUCUAGGCCAAACUUUAACCGCACAAACGCUCCCUACACUGCCGCCACUUACGCCACCUCCAGGUUUCGACAAUUUGCUACAAACAUUCUCCGAAAAUUGGCGGAAGAUCUUUCCCGAUGCCAAAAUACCCACAUUCAAAGCAGACGAAUAA